AUGCUUGAUCGCAGCACUGAGUUGUCUUGUGAAUAUUUGCUUCCCGGCGUGGCUAAUUUCAAGAGAGCACUUCUGGCAUCGGACAUACGAUGUCUAGACAUAGAUGCGUACUCGGGUGCUUCGAGCAAAUACGAAAGGAAGGUGUUCACCGUGCCACCCAGUUCAUCUUGCCUUGGUACGACAACCUCGUCAGCAAACGGCAAAGAAAAGGAAUGCUUGAAGGUGGACACGGCUGCCGAUGAACCAGACAGUUCCGAUAAACGAGGAGUUGAAACAGCGGAGGCCUCAAGAGUCUCCACUUUAGACACGUACCGUCAGUACGACAAAACAGCACUCCUUGCUGUUCUCCGGAAUGCAAAAGGACUGAAAACAAGGGCGACUGUCAAAGCUCUUCUCCAGCCUGACCCACAGUCCAGAAAGGUUGUGUGUGAAGCAAAGAAGUGCGCGAAUCAAGAACGUCUCGCAAACGACAGCGCCAGGGCACGGUUCAGGCGGCAGUACCUUUGUGUCGUGGAGGAAUUAACCCAGAAGCAGUUUCUCCUCAAGCGUUUAGAUGGCGACCUUUCUACGGACAGCGUCGCCCUGGAAGGUCUCCCAUCAAAAUCCACUCCGGCGCCGAAAGAGGGGGCGUCUUUCCCGUAUGUGCGCGACCUCCGUGCACUGAAGCUGCCCGAGAUCAAACAAAAGAAGAGGGCCAUCCUCUCUGUUGGCCCGCCCCACCAGGCCAAAUCAUCGCGCACUUCAUUUCUUGCCGAGAAAACAAAACAGCAUUCACCUCAUAUAGACGCCUCUCUUUCGUGGCGGUCCCAGAAAGUCGUGUUGGAGGAGCGACCUAAGCCAAUGAGGGCGACCAGGGCGUACAGCGAGAAGUGGAAAUGUGUAACUUGUACGCGAAGCCGAAACGCGGUCGAAGCUCACACUUCUGGACAGACAACAGUUGUCUCGAAGACUCUUUCUUCGUCCCUUUAA